AUGAAGUUCUCUGCCCUUGUCAUCGUCGUCACUGCCGUGGCCGGUGUCACCGCCGCCCCGGUGGAAUCAGGCCCGUUGGCCAACCUCCAAGCCCGCGCCUCGGACGCCAUUGGCAGCUUCGCCCACUACAUCCGCAGCGAGCAGGCCGACACGGCCGCCGUGCCCGAGGUGAAGCGGUCCCCGGUCCGCUUCCACAGCGGCCUCGGCCACGAGAACGCCGUUGAGCGGCGCGCCAAAAACCCGCCCCCGCCGCCCCUGAACCCGUUCAGCACGCCGUCCCGGGACGAGAAGCGGUCGCCGGACCUAACGGAGAGGAGCCCGGCCCAGAAGUCUGUGCCGCCCCUGAACCCAUUCGCGGCGGGCGGGAAGGCUUCCCGGGUCUAG